AUGUAUAUCCUGUAUAGGCUGUGCCCUUGUGAUGCUGCAAGGAGCCUAACCGCUGCCCCCAGCAAUGUAACCGUCUACAAGACCCUGUACGACCUGAUGUCCGCAACUCCCAAGCUGCGUCCCAUGCUGGGUGUAUUCAACUACACGGGGCUGCUUGGCGUGCUCAAGGAUCCCAACACCAUGAUAACCUGCUUCCUGCCGUCCAGCGAGGCUGGUACAUUUACGAUCGUGAUGAACAAAAGCUGGACCAAGCCCGGAGAUCAGAAAGGCCGCUUUGUGUGGGGUCUACUUCUGCAGCACUGUGUUGAUGGACAGAAGGCCCUCACCCUCAAAAAGCUGAACGAAGACAUCUACUACACGGCCCUUCCUCAAAGGUGGCAAACAACGUUCAAGAUAUUAAAGUUCAAGUGCGUUCUUAACAAUGGGUUCGUUGUGGAGCUGCAGCUUGCCAUAUAUGUGGGUGAUGAACUCCCUUGCAAGUUGGUGGACUUUGCUCGUUUUGUGUGUAGGCAGGGCGGGACGUCAGUAAAGGUUUGA